AUGGGUUCCUGCAACGGCUUCCUCUGCUUAUUCCGCUAUAAUGAUAAAACUGAUGCCUUCAUCUUUAACAUAUCCAACCCAAUCACUCACGAGUGUAUACCUCUUCCGGUCAAUGAGGAAAUACGUUCUCCACUACCUGAUUUUGGGUUUGGGUUUAGUCCCAUAAGUGAUGUCUAUAAGGUGGUUGUCUUUGCAAACAAUAGAAAAAGGAAAGAGUACUGUCGUGAUUUGAAGGUGAUGGUUUUAACUGUUGGCUUUGAGAUUUGGAGAAGAAUUGGCAAAAUCCGUGAUACCGUGGGCACAACAAAAGGGGUCUUUCAUGAAGGACAUCUCCAUUGGGUUUGCGGUUGUAAUGGUUAUCGCCCUCAUUUCAUACGUGCAUUUGAUGUCGAAAGUGAGCAUUUCAAGGAUUUACCAAUGCCCCCUCAUUAUUUCAAUCACAGUUCUAUACCUGAAUUGGGAGUCAUAGGAGGCUCACUUUCUGUAAGUGAUGGAAGCACGUUUUGGAUAAUGAAAGAGUACGGCGUUAAAGCUUCUUGGACCAAAGUGCUUGAAAUUGGAUAUGAUACAAUUGAUUCAAUUAUUGGCAAUUUAUACAAGCAGUGUUGA